AUGUCUCGAUACAAUCCCAACUGGGGUCCCCCUAAACGCGCCACUUCCAAUGACAAUGCUGGUGAGGGACAACCGACACGCCUCACGAAUCCAAUAUUUGGUCUUGGGGACUCCCGGCCAAAUAACUCCUCGUCGCAGCAUGGACUAACGGCACCUGUCGGUUCAGGCAACAGCCGACCCCAAGGUCAACCAGGUGUUACCCCGAGACCCCAGCAAGCUAAUCCCAACCGGACAAACCCUCAAGCAGGUGGUCGAGGGAGAGGCUCGCAAUUACCCUACCGCCCGAGACAGCCGCAAUCAAGCCCCAGCUCUAGAGGUGGUCAAUCACAUGGAGGAUGGAAAGCACAAGGGACACCAAACGUCGACAUUUCGGGAAAACAGCUGCUGGCCAACCAUUUCGCCAUCACACUAGGCGAGUACAAACAAGUCUAUUCUUAUGAGUUGAAGAUUAGCAGAAUCAACACUGAAGCCCAGGAGGAAGAAAUUCAAAGAUCCACCAGUGAUGGUGGUGGUGGCCAGAAGACGCACACAGUCGCAAGACAGAAGAACAAAAGACUCGUAUAUCUCCUGUUCGAGCAGCUCAAGUUGGAAAACAGUCUUCCGAGCCCCGUCGCCACUGAUUACCUGAAGCUGAUCAUCACUACGAAACAACUAGACGAGAACACCACCAAGUCACGCGAAUUCGAUUUCUGCGACGAAUACUCGGCUGGUCCUGGUCCAGAUUGUGACCGCUACCGGGUGGCCUUUGCGAAGCCGAAAUUGAUCUCUCUGGCUGAUCUUUUUGCGUACUAUCGUCGAUCUGCACAGUCUCAGACACCCGUGGCACCGUUCUCAGAGGAAGCUCUCACUGAUGCGACCAAUGCUCUUAACAUCAUCUUCAGCUAUCUACCUUACCAACGAUGUUUUUCUCGAGAUCACAGAACGACUCCCUCGAUGACCACGGUGAGGGGGCAGGCGUUCUAUGGCAUCGCUCCUCAUACCCAUUCACAGCCAAGACCCCCGUUGACAGAUACGGGGACAGUGCUAGACGCCAGUGGUGGCCUCUACAGCAUUCCAGGAUUCUCGAGAAGCGUUAGAGGCUCAUUCGGCCCCUUGGGGCAUGUUGACCUCCAAAUCUACAUCAAAACAGGCUGCUUUUGGCAGCAUGGGAGUGUCCAAGAUAUGAUUCAUGCCUGGAACAGCCGAAAUCUAUCGCAGGAUCUUGACGCACUUCAAGACUUCCUGCGCCGAGCUCCUGUCAGACUGACAUUUGAGGAGCAAGGGCUCGGCCGGUUCUCUACGAUCAAAGGACUCGCGCGCAUCGACAAGCCGCCAAAAGCUGAUAGCUGCAAAAUGCAACUUAUCAAGCAUCAGCAUUCCGGCGGCACGGUCAAAGACUACUUUUCCAUGAGGCACAAUUGGCAGAUGAAUCGUGACGCUUACGUCGUUAAGAUUGGAAAAGAGUCGCGGAAAGAGUACAUGACAGUCCCAGCAGACCUGCUCCAAGUCCCGCCCGGGCGGCUGAAACCAGGCGAGAUACCCCGGUUCUCGGUUCGAUCCCCAAAUGACAACUACAAUAGGAUUAUCACUGCAGGCAGACGCACAUUUUAUUCGACCACACCGGGCGAAGGUGGAGCAGCAGCGUUCCGCCUGACGAUUGAUCUGAAAAUGGCCAAGGUCCCUGUGACGAUUUUGGCUCGACCGGAUCUUAUGUACAAAGCUCGGGGCCACCCGAAUCAAGUCAAAUGUAUUGAUGGAGCGUCGAUCAAUGCAGGUCAAUGGAAUAUCCAAGGUGCAGCCUUUGUGAAACCAUCUUCCGGGAAGAAGUGGUCCUGCGUUGAGCUCUCGGCGAAGAGCAGGCGCUUAAAAUGCACAACUCUAGGGAUCAAGCAUUUCGUGGACAACUUGACACAGGCACUGCCGCAAUAUGGCAUGGAGAGAUUCGAGUGGUGGCAGUUCAACCGCGAGGACAUGAGCCAGCAGCAAUACAGCGACGAAGACUUGUUUCCGAGAUCGAAGACCGUCUCGGGCUUGCACAAGCAGUACGCCGCCGUCGAAAAGCUGCUCAAAGAGCUCAAGGGGAAAGGAGUUCACCUGGUUGUCCUGCUUCUCCCGUCCCAUGACCUGGAACUCUAUAGUGCCAUCAAACGCGCCGGCGACCAAAGUGUUGGAAUAGCCACCGUUUGCCAUGUGCUUCGACCGUUUACCAACGCGCUUUGGCCGAAAAGCCUUUUACGCCCGGGCAAUCCGCACAGCGCGGUCAACAACGACUUUCUCGCAAAUCUGUGCAUGAAAAUUAAUUUGAAAGCGGACCAGACCAGCGUUAAUCAGGCCUUGCGCGGCAAUCCAAAGAUUCUGUCACCGAAGACAAUGAUCAUCGGCAUUGAUGUGGCACACGGCGGCGGGCCAAGAAAACACUGCCCCAGCGUUGCCGCCGUGGUUGGCAGCGUCAAUGCAGAGUUCUCACAAUGGCCGGCCAGUCUGUUGGCGAAUCCGUGUUCGACGAAAGAUGAAGAAGACAAGGAGGCCAACGAGAAGGUGUUGGAUCUCGACGUUGCCGUGUACGAGCGACUGCUUGACUAUUACGAUCGCAACCAUGACAAAAACGCCGAAGGACACAAGGACAACGGCGUCCCGGAGCAGAUCAUUGUUUACCGCGACGGGGUCUCGGAGUCGCAGUUUGCCAUGUGCAAGGACUACGAGUAUAGCAAGAUCGGGGCAGCCCUGAACAAGCUGUUCCAGCACAAGGCUCUUUCUGUCGAGCUCUUGCCCAAGGUCACCCUGAUCUGUGCCGUCAAACGACACCACACUCGUCUGUUUCCGGAUCCCGAUGGGCCCCAUGACCCCAAUCUCGUGCUGGGCCGGAGUAAAAACGGCAUCGAGAACAACAACCCGCUUCCGGGCUGUGUGGUAAUGGACCGGAUCACGUAUGGACGGGGCAACGACUUUUUCCUCGUUGGCCAGAAGGCCAUUCAAGGCACGGCGAUACCGGUGCAUUACAACGUGCUACAAAAUCCUCACAACUACGGCAUUCAGGACAUUGCUAGGAUGACAUACCACCUAUGCUACCUCUUCGGUCGCUCGCGCACGUCGGUCGGACCCUGCACGCCCGUCUACUACGCCGACCUGGUGGCCGACCGCGCGCGGUGUUAUGUCCGCCAGUUCUACAAUCCCCCACGCGACGGCAACGACAACAACAACCCGCUUCGCCCCUUCGACGCCAGUGAACUGCCCGAGUUCAAACACUGUCUCCGCCUUCACCCCGACGUUGCGAAACACAUGUUUUACAUUUGA